GCACAGACAACAAGACAUGCGCCAGCGCAUAGUUUUGACCUCAUCUUUGCGUUCCAGAAUCAGGGCAGGCUAUUGGGUGUAGCACAUCACGUGAACGUUUCAGCUUCCGGAGAACAAAGCCAUGGAAGCUGAUGGUUCGUAUGAGCCUGGAUUUGUGGGGAUCCGAUUUUGCCAGGAAUGCAACAACAUGUUGUAUCCUAAAGAGGAUAAAGAAAACCGGAUCCUCCUUUAUGCGUGCCGGAAUUGUGAUUACCAACAGGAGGCCGAUAACAGCUGCAUAUAUGUGAAUAAGAUUACACAUGAAAUUGAUGAGCUAACCCAGAUCAUUGCUGAUGUAGCUCAGGAUCCUACCCUGCCACGUACAGAGGAUCAUCCCUGUUCUAAGUGUGGUCACAAAGAAGCAGUGUUUUUCCAGUCUCACAGUGCUAGAGCUGAGGAUGCCAUGCGACUGUAUUAUGUAUGUACAGCACCACACUGCGGUCAUCGCUGGACGGAGUGAUUGUUGAAGGCUUAAAUAGCCUUAUGUUUUGUUUUUUGCUGGGAUAUGUUAUAGUGUCUGAUUUAGAAAUAAAUAAUGUUUUUAUAUUUUUAAAUGUUAUGUUUUACUUUAAAUAAACACUUGCUCCUUUCACUAAA